AUUAGAAAGAGGAAAAAAAAAACAAAAGGUCGUGAAUGUCUGUGUCCCCUUCCUCAGUUCUCACGCAAGCUUCAACGAGAAAAGAUCGGAAUCUUCCCGUCGGUGAAGCGCCGCCGUAAUUAAAAGACGGAGAAUUAGAAGAAGAGGAGAUUGUAUUUAUGUGUAGCAGCGGUUAGUGUGUAUAUAGUUAGAAUUUGUUUCGAAGACGAACGAUGUCGCUGAGAAUUAAAUUAGUGGUGGAUAAGUUUGUGGAGGAGCUAAAGCAAGCACUUGACGCUGAUAUACAAGAUCGGAUCAUGAAGGAGAGAGAGAUGCAAAGUUAUAUCGAAGAGCGUGAGCGAGAAGUCGCUGAGCGAGAAGCUGCCUGGAAAGCUGAGCUCUCUCGCCGUGAGACGGAGAUUGCUAGACAGGAAGCGAGGUUGAAGAUGGAGAGAGAGAAUCUGGAGAAGGAGAAGAGUGUUCUCAUGGGGACUGCGUCGAAUCAGGAUAAUCAAGAUGGUGCUCUUGAAAUUACUGUGAGUGGUGAGAAAUAUCGGUGUCUUAGAUUCUCUAAGGCUAAGAAAUGAGGUUCGAAAUUGGAAUCUGGAUUCGAAUCAUAGGGCACAAAAGGAAAAGAUUUGUUCUUACGUUUAUGAUGGAUGCAAUGGGAAGGGGAUUUGUUGGAAUUAUGCUUGGUUUGUGUAAAUUGUUAAAUUCAAUGAAGAAAGUAUUGUGUUUUCUGGAAAGAGAGUUCUCUGAUCA